AUGGCCGAGAAAAUCAUCACCUACGCCGAUCUCAAGGCUCACUCUACAAAGGACGGCGUCUACGUCCUCCUCCAUGAGAAGGUGUACGAUGCUACCAAGUUCAUCGACGAGCAUCCUGGAGGGGAUGAAGUGAUUUUAGCAGAGGCAGGCAAAGAUGCUACCGAGGCGUUUGAAGAUGUCGGCCAUUCGGAUGAAGCGCGUCAGAUUUUGCAGGGUCUGUACAUAGGCGAAUUCGAGAAGAACAGCGAGCUGAAGACUAAAGGCCCAGCGGCAUACUCAUCCUCAAACGGCGCUGUCAAUACCGCGGUCCAGCAAGGAUCAAACAUGAUGUACUUUGUUCCACUUGCAGUGCUCGGGGUGUACUUUGCUUGGCGUUACUAUUCCAGCGGUUCACUAUAG